CACUGGUCCGCUUAAAAUUAAACAUUUAAACCGUUUCGAAGAUUUUUUUGGCGAAAAAACGUGGAAUUAAUCGGUGUUCGUCGGUCACAAAACCCUCGUAUAUCUGAUUUCCCCUUCAAGAGCGGCGCUUCUGUCCGUAUCGCGUUCCGAGCAGUAUUGUUUACCGGGAGCUAUCGGAGGACAGACAGCAGCGAAUAGGCGAAUUUGCAAAGUUGUAUUAAUUUUAUGCAGUUGUGCAUUUUUACAGCGAUUCAAACGGUUUUUUGCAUGGAAUUUUUUGACGUCAGAAAAAUGGGUUGGUUGACGAUGCAAAAUUAACGACGCCCGAGGACUAACGCAAGAAUUCAUGUGGAUAUUUUAAUUUCAUUUUAACCUUAUUUUUUGCGAAAGGAAAUAUUUUCCUCGAGGUAAUUUAACGAUGAAAAUGUGGGUGUUGGGUGUUGGAUUAUCAUGGGGUGAAUGGCGGUGGCGAAGCGAGGCGCUGUUGUUGCUUUUUUGAAAUUCUCGCUUGCUGCUAGCUAGCUAGCAAGCUAACAUUGAUUGGCAAGUUAAGCUAGCUAGCUAGCGCCCCUCAAAACGUGCAAGAAAGUGAGAACCAGGUUGAUCAGAUCAGCCUUUUCUAUUGCAAGGAUCUUUUCUUUCAUUUUCCGAUUUGUCUGGCCAGAAGUCAUCCAAAACUGCUGCAAUGGCUGAAAACCUGCUUGAUGUUGGACCUCCAAACGCAAAGCGACCGAAGCUAACAACACCUGCUCUGUCGACCACUUCUGACGGUCCAGAACUGGGCUCUUUGUCAUGGGAUGACCUGGAGAACGACCUCCCCGAUGAGCUAAUUCCUAAUGGCGGAGACCUGGGGCUGAUGGGCAUGCCCUCUAAUGGUGGUGGUAGUGGUGGAGGGGGAGGAGGUGGCGGAGGACUGGGCACCAUGGUUCCUGAUGCUGCUGCCAAGCACAAGCAGCUGUCAGAGCUCCUGAGGGCAGGCAGCAGCUCUAGCCUAUCGGGGGGACUCAACUCCGCCAGUCCCCAACCAGGAGGUAUGGGCACACAGCUGGCCACACUGGGCAAGAGCCCGCUGGGGCAAGGCUCACCCUCACACCCCUCCCAGACUCAGAAAGCAGGGGGCGCCGCCGCAGGUCAGGGCAACAACGCCAACGCAGCAGGCAUGGGACUCAACACAGGCUUCAACCAGGCCAUGCUUAACAGUGGCCAGCCCCACGGGCUCAUGGGCCAGAACGCUGCCGCCCAGCCGGGUCAGGUGAUAAACGGGACGCUAGGGCCGGCGGGGCGCGGCCGAGGGGCCGGGCUGCAGUACCAGGGCCAGGCCAUGCAGGGGACCCCGGCAGUAGGAGCAGGGGCAUCAGGAGGAGCUGGAGCGGGAGCUGGAGGAACGGGCAGCGUGCUGGCAGAGACCCUCGCGCAGGGCACACAACAGAUGGGCACGCACACGGCCAUCAACACUCAACAGGCUGGCAACAUGAACAAGAUGGGCCUGGCAGGGAACAGCAGUCCGUUUGGGCAGCCUUACGGGCAGGCAGGGGGGCAACAGCUAGGGGCUGGUGGAGUGAACCCCCAGCUCCAGAAUAAAGGCACUCUUCAGAACAGCCUCCCACUCUUCCCCACUGAUUUGAAGGGUCCGCCCGUCACCAGCGUGCCAAACCUGCAGCAGCAAGUUCCAGCGGUGGGCAUGGUGCCGGCCCAGGGCGUGUCGGCAGGCCCCACGGCUGACCCGGAGAAGCGGAAGCUGAUCCAGCAGCAGCUGGUCCUGCUGCUCCAUGCCCAUAAGUGCCAGCGGCGGGAACAGGCUAACGGAGAGGUUCGCGCCUGCUCCCUGCCUCACUGCCGCACCAUGAAGAACGUCCUCAAUCACAUGACCCACUGCCAGGCUGGCAAGUCCUGCCAGGUGGCUCACUGUGCAUCCUCCAGACAGAUCAUCUCGCACUGGAAGAACUGCACUCGACACGACUGUCCUGUGUGUCUGCCACUAAAGAACGCCAGUGACAAACGCAACCAGCAACCCAUGCUGAGUUCUCCAAACGCUGGCUUGCAGAACUCUAUAGGUACAGUGGGCACAGGACAGCAGACGGCUCCCACUCUGAACAGCUCCACGCCUAUAGACCCCAGCUCCAUGCAGAGAGCGUAUGCUGCUUUGGGUCUUCCCUACAGCAACCAGCCACCCACGCAGACACCUGCGCAGACGCAGGUUCCUGGGCAGCCCAGCACGCAGACACCCCAACAGCAGCACCCACAACAGCAGAUGAGGCCGAUGAACCCUCUAGGUGCUAAUCAGAUGAAUUUGAGUGGAGGGGCUCUUGGGGUUCCUACAUCAGAACAGGCCAAACUGCACGCUGACAACUCUCUCCCGUCCACACUCAACGCCAAUAAUCAGUUGAUGGCAGACGGGUCAGUGGUGGGCACUAUGGGAAAUUUGCCCACGGCUGCUCCCAUCUCGUCCACGGGGGUGAGGAAGGCCUGGCACGAGCACGUCACUCAGGACCUGCGAAACCAUCUCGUGCACAAACUGGUUCAAGCCAUAUUCCCUACACCAGAUCCAGCUGCUCUGAAGGAUAGACGCAUGGAAAAUCUGGUGGCUUACGCUCGUAAAGUGGAGGGAGACAUGUACGAGUCUGCAAACAGCAGGGAUGAGUAUUACCACUUCCUGGCAGAGAAGAUCUAUAAGAUCCAGAAGGAGCUAGAGGAGAAGAGACGCUCUCGGCUACAGAAGCAGAUCAUUAACCAGGCGCCUAUGACUGCACCUGGGGCCCAGCAAGCUGGACUACCCCAGCCUAAUGCACCGGCCACUGGACUAGCUGGCAGGCCACAGAAUGGACCUGUGCCCAUGCCCAAUGUGCCAAAUCAGAUCAUGAAUCGCAUGCAAGUUUCACAAGGGAUGAACCAGUUUAACCCCAUGGCCAUGCAGAAUGUGCCCAUGUCCCAGACUCCUAUGGCAGCUCGCGCAGCCUCACCAAUGAACCAUCCGCAGCAAAUUAACAUGAGCUCCGUCCCUACGAUGGGUAUGUCUCCCACUCGGAUGCCUCAGGCACAAGGAAUGAUAGGAGCUCACGCUGGCGGUAUGGUGGCGCAGACGGCCAAUCAGACCCAGUUCAUGGCUCAGCCCCAGUUCUCCAGCAACACCGGCGCCAUUAAUGUCAACAUGGGCCAACCGGCUGCACAGGCAGCUGUCACACAGCUUUCACACACUGGUGCCAGUGUGGAUAACCGGGUGCCCACUCCAGCCUCUGCCGCCAGUGCUGACCUACACUCCCAGCACGCUCUACCCGACUUGCCCGCCCCCGAGCCCAAAACUGAGCCCCGGCAUGAUGAUCAGGACUUUGACUCCACAGGAGUCAAAACGGAAGCCAAGAUGGAGGUGUGUCCCACAGGCAUUACUGAGGAUGACUCUGGCUCCCUGAUGGUAAAGAAAGAGGAGCAGGAGGGGGCAGAGGCCAAGCAGGAGCCAAUGGAAAUGGAGGAAAAGAAGCCAGACAUGAGGACAGAGGCCAAAGAGGAAGAAGAGGGCGGGACCAACGGCACAACCACGUCCUCCUCACCUACCCAGUCUCGCAGGAAAAUCUUUAAGCCAGAGGAACUGCGUCAGGCCUUGAUGCCAACACUGGAAUCUCUGUACAGACAGGAUCCUGAGUCUCUGCCCUUCCGCCAGCCUGUGGAUCCCAUUCUACUGGGAAUUCCAGACUACUUUGACAUUGUGAAGAACCCCAUAGACCUGUCCACUAUAAAACGAAAACUGGACACGGGGCAGUAUCAGGAGCCCUGGCAGUACGUGGACGACGUCUGGCUCAUGUUUAACAACGCCUGGCUCUACAACCGCAAAACGUCACGCGUCUACAAGUACUGCUCCAAACUGGCCGAGGUGUUUGAACAGGAGAUAGACCCUGUCAUGCAGGGCCUGGGCUACUGCUGCGGAAGAAAGUAUGAGUUUUCUCCACAAACGCUGUGCUGUUAUGGCAAGCAGCUGUGCACCAUUCCCAGAGAUGGCACCUACUACAGCUACCAAAACAGGUAUCAUUUCUGUGAAAAGUGCUUUAAUGAGAUCCAGGGAGACAGCGUGACGCUGGGAGAUGACCCAGCGCAGCCACAAACGAUGAUAUCUAAAGACCAGUUUGAGAGGAAGAAAAACGAUACACUAGACCCUGAGCCGUUUGUUGAAUGUAAGGACUGCGGUCGGAAGAUGCAUCAGAUAUGUGUUCUACAUUAUGAAGUCAUCUGGCCGUCUGGUUUCAUCUGCGAUAACUGUCUGAAGAAGAGUGGAAAGUCGAGGAAGGAGAACAAGUUUUCUGCAAAAAGAUUGCAGACGACGAGGUUGGGCACUUACAUUGAAGACAGAGUGAACAAAUACUUGAAGAGACAGAACCAUCCAGAAGCUGGAGAGGUUUUUGUGCGAGUGGUGGCCAGCUCAGACAAAACAGUGGAGGUCAAGCCAGGCAUGAAGGCGAGGUUUGUGGAUACAGGCGAGAUGGCUGAAAGCUUCCCAUAUAGAACCAAAGCACUUUUCGCCUUUGAAGAGAUCGACGGCGUGGAUGUCUGUUUCUUCGGUAUGCAUGUACAGGAAUAUGGCUCAGAAUGUCCUUUUCCCAACACCAGACGGGUAUACAUAUCAUACCUCGACAGUAUUCAUUUCUUCAGACCUCGGAUGCUGCGAACAGCAGUCUAUCAUGAAAUCCUCAUUGGCUAUCUGGAAUACGUCAAGAAACUUGGCUACGUGACUGGUCAUAUUUGGGCCUGUCCGCCAAGCGAGGGUGAUGACUACAUCUUCCACUGUCACCCUGCCGACCAGAAGAUCCCCAAGCCCAAAAGGCUGCAAGAGUGGUACAGGAAAAUGCUGGACAAGGCCUUUGCGGAACGGAUCCUACAUGAUUAUAAGGACAUCUUCAAGCAGGCCACGGAGGAUCGGCUAACCAGUGCUAAUGAGCUUCCCUACUUUGAAGGCGACUUUUGGCCCAACGUGCUAGAGGAGAGCAUCAAAGAGCUGGAGCAGGAGGAAGAGGAGAGAAAGAAAGAAGAGAACACAGCAGCCUGUGAAACCCCAGAGGGUACACCAGGGGACAGCAAAAAUGCCAAGAAGAAAAAUAACAAGAAAACCAAUAAGAACAAGUCCAGUGUAAGCAGAGCCAAUAAGAAGAAGCCUGGGAUGCCGAAUGUAGCUAAUGACCUAUCCCAGAAGCUCUAUGCUACCAUGGAGAAACACAAGGAGGUGUUCUUCGUGAUCCACUUGCACUCGGGGCCCAUGGUCAACACCUUACCCCCCAUCAUAGAUCCAGAUCCACUGCUGACCUGCGACUUGAUGGACGGCCGAGACGCCUUCUUGACGCUAGCACGGGACAAGCACUGGGAGUUCAGCUCACUGCGUCGCUGCAAGUGGAGUACUAUGUGCAUGCUGGUGGAGCUGCACAAUCAGGGCCAGGACCGAUUCGUCUACACCUGCAACGAGUGCAAACACCACGUGGAGACACGCUGGCACUGCACCGUCUGCGAGGACUUCGACUUGUGCAUCAACUGCUACAACACUAAGGGUCAUGAACACCAGAUGGUUAAGUGGGGCCUGGGUCUGGAUGAUGACAGUAACAGUCAGAGCGGCGAGGCCUCCAAGAGUCCACAGGAGAGCCGCCGCUUGAGUAUCCAGCGUUGCAUCCAGUCCCUGGUGCACGCCUGCCAGUGCCGCAAUGCCAACUGCUCGCUGCCGUCCUGCCAGAAGAUGAAGCGGGUGGUGCAGCACACCAAGGGCUGCAAGCGCAAGACCAACGGCGGCUGCCCCGUGUGCAAGCAGCUCAUCGCCCUCUGCUGUUAUCACGCCAAACACUGCCAGGAGAACAAAUGCCCCGUGCCCUUCUGCCUCAACAUCAAGCACAAGCUUCGUCAGCAGCAGCUACAACACCGGCUGCAGCAGGCGCAGAUGAUGCGCCGACGCAUGGCCACCAUGCAGGGCCGCGGGAUGCCCCAAAACCUCCCGUCUCCGCCAGCCCCCACCGCCCCCAGCACCCCCACCUCCCAUCAGCAGCCCAACACGCCGCAGACGCCUCAGCCUCUCUCCAACCAGCCGCCCACGCCGAACGCGGGCGUCAUGUCCCCCGCUUACCCGAAUCCGCCCCGCAACGGUCAACCGCCGGCACAGGCCUCCCAGGGCAAACCUGGUCCUCAGACCCCUCAACAGCAACAGCAGCAACCGCCCCAGCAACAGCAGCCCCCGAUAGCCGCCGUCAAGAUAGCCCGACACAUCGAGAUGGUGGCAGCCCAGCAAAACCAGAAUCCAAACUAUCGCAUGAACGGCCUUCCCAUAAACCACCAGCAGCCACGCAUGCCUGGACAGAUGCAACCGCCCAUGCAGAUGGUUGGAGGGCCCCGAGGACCUCAGGUCAUGCAGCCCAUGGCUCCUGGCCAGUGGCCUGGGGGACCACAAGCAGGAAUGCAGCCAGCCCAAGCCCCACAGCAGGUUCCUCCCCAGCAGACACCCCCUGGUGCGCAACCGCAGAUGGGCAUGCAGAGGCCCAUGAUGCCCCAGCAGCAGCCGCAAGCCCGCAUGAUGGUACCUACGCAGGGCCAGCGGCCACAAGCACCCCAGCGACCCGGCACCAUCGCCCCCAACGCCCUGCAGGAGUUGUUACGCACCCUCAAAUCCCCGAGCUCGCCUCAGCAACAGCAGCAAGUCCUCAACAUCCUCAAGUCCAACCCACAGCUCAUGGCUGCCUUCAUCAAGCAGAGGACAGCGAAGUACCACGCCAACCAGCCGCAGGCGCAGCAGCAACAGCAGCAGCAGCAACAGGGCAUGCACGGGGCAAUGGCUGCUAUGCAGAGUGGUGCGGUGCAGAGGCCUGGGAUGGCCCCCCAGCAGCCUCAGCAGCCUACGCCUCAGGGCAUGGCAGCACUUGGGCCUCAAGGGCAGCUGAUCAACGCUGCGCACAGCAACAACCCCCAGCUACAGGAGAUGUACCGGCGGCAGCUCUUAAGGCAGCAGCAGCAGCAGCAGCAACAGCAGCAACAGCAACAAGGAGUGAUCCCCCAGGCCCACGGGCAGUUCCCCCAGACACAAGGAUCGGCCGCCAGCUAUUCGCAGCUUCGCAUGCAGCAGCAGCAACAGCAGCUAGCCAUGCAGGGAGCCAGUGGGCCCAUGGGCCAGCUCCCAUCCAUGGCGCAGAUGGGCCAGCCAGGCAUGGGUCUGGACGGCUCACAGAACAUCCUGCACCAGCGUAUGCUCCAGCAACAGCAGCAGCAACAGCUUCCACAACAGCAGGCAGUCCUCAAGCCCCAGAUGGGCUCUCCAGCCCAGCCCAGUCCGAUGAGCCCCCAGGCCCACCUGCUCCCGGGCCAACCCCAGGGGGCGCACCUACCCGGCCAACCCAUGGGCAACGCUCUGAGCAACCAGGUGCGCUCGCCAGCCCCCGUGCAGUCGCCACGACCGCCCUCGCAACAGCCUCCACCACAUUCCAGCCCCUCACCGCAGAUCCAGCCCCAGCCUUCGCCACAGCAUGCACCGCCCCACACGGGAUCUCCCCACCCCGGCCUAGCCGCCCCCCUGCCUGGCCCCAUGGAGCAGGGACACCUGGGCACACCGGAGCAGAGUGCUAUGCUCCCACAGCUUAACACACCCAACCGUGGUGGGCUGACCAGUGACUUGAGCAUGGUGGGAGACACGACAGGAGAUACUCUGGAGAAGUUUGUGGAGGGAUUGUAGCGUUUUCUGGGAGACUUCACCCACCAUAGUCUCCCCUCCCCUUUUCUGGCUCUUGUUUUUUCUCGAAA